AGGCACUCAGCGGUUUUCCCUCCCCCAACGGCGCGCCAGCUGUGGCCGGCGCAGCGUAGUGCUCGGGCCGGGGGUCGCUUCCCGCCUCCCGCCGCCCGCCGCCCGCCGCCCGCCGCCCGCGUCGCCCUCGCCGCCGUUGGGCCGCGCCGCGCCGCCAUGUCGGGCCCCGGGCCGCGGGAGCCGCCGCCGGAGGCAGGCGCGGCAGGCGGCGAGGCGGGCGUCGAGGGCGCGGGCGGCGGGGACGCGGCGCUGGGCGAGCAGGGACUGAGCUUCACGACCACCGACCUGAGCCUGGUGGAGAUGACGGAGGUGGAGUACACGCAGCUGCAGCACAUCCUCUACUCGCACAUGGAGGCGGCGGCUGACGGCGAGCUCGAGACGCGCCUCAACUCGGCGCUGCUGGCGGCGGCGGGCCCGGGCGCGGGCGCGGGCGGCUUCGCGGCGGGCGGUCUUGGGGGCGCAGCACCCGUGUACCCCGUGCUGUGCCCGUCCGCGCUGGCGGCCGACGCGCCCUGCCUGGGCCACAUCGACUUCCAGGAGCUGCGCAUGAUGCUGCUGAGCGAGGCGGGCGCGGCGGAGAAGACGCCGGGCGGCGGGGAUGGGGCGAGGGCCCGGGCCGACGGCGCCGCCAAGGAGGGCGCGGGCGCUGCUGGACCCGAGGGCGCGCCCGAGGCCCGGGCCAAGCCGGCCGUGCGCGUCCGCCUGGAGGACCGCUUCAACAGCCUCCCUGCCGAGCCGCCGCCCGCGCCGCGCGGCCCCGAGCCCCCCGAGCCGGGCGUGGCGCUCAACAAUUUGGUAACACUCAUUCGACAUCCAUCUGAAUUAAUGAAUGUUCCUCUUCAUCAACAACAAAACAAAUGUACAACAUUAGUGAAAAAUAAAACUGCUGCUACAACUACUGCUUUGCAGUUUACAUACCCACUGUUUACUACAAAUGCUUGCUCUACUAGUGGAAAUUCUAAUCUUUCACAGACACAGAGUUCUAGUAACUCAUGUUCUGUCCUUGAAGCUGCCAAGCACCAGGAUAUUGGAUUGCCUAGAGCAUUUUCUUUCUGUUAUCAGCAAGAAAUUGAAUCCACUAAACAGACAUUAGGUAGUAGAAACAAAGCUUUGCCUGAGCAAGUUUGGAUUAAAGUGGGAGAAGAAGCGCUAUGCAAACAAGCACUGAAGAGGAAUCGGAGUAGAAUGCGUCAGUUGGACACAAAUGUAGAGCGAAGAGCCCUCGGAGAGAUUCAGAAUGUGGGCGAAGGUGCCACUGCCACACAGGGCGCUUGGCAGUCUUCGGAGUCCUCACAGUCAAACCUGGGGGAGCAGGCCCAGAGUGGGCCCCAGGGAGGAAGGUCUCAGCGUAGAGAGAGGCAUAACCGAAUGGAAAGAGAUAGAAGGCGCAGAAUCCGCAUUUGCUGUGAUGAGUUGAAUCUCUUAGUACCGUUCUGCAAUGCCGAGACUGACAAGGCCACAACUCUGCAGUGGACCACAGCAUUCCUGAAAUAUAUCCAGGAAAGACACGGAGAUUCUCUUAAAAAGGAAUUUGAGAGUGUAUUUUGCGGUAAAACUGGCCGAAGGCUAAAGCUGACCAGACCAGACUCCUUGGCGGCCUGUCCUGCACAGCAGAGUCUACAGAGUAGCCCCUCGAUGGAGAUCAAGUGAUUGGACUGAACAGGAAUCCUCGGGGAGUGAACAGCCAUUCCUUCGUGAUCUGUGCACAUUUUCUGCAAUCCUGGAACUCUGCUCAGAUCGUCUGACUCGAAAAGGACGUGACUCAAGCUGACGGGACUCCAGUAGGGACUUUGAGAGCACAUUUUGUAAAAAUAUUUAUCUAGAACCAAAUACUUAUCCAUGAAUGUCCUCUUAGACCAUUUGGGGAUGAAGCCAUCUGAAUAAUUAGUAAGCAUUUUUUCAAUGCCCUGAUUCCAUCAUGUUUUCUUAACAUGAUAAAAAAUUAACAUCCUUUGUACUUUCUUUAAUCUUAAAAAGUACACUGCUUUUUACUUAUUGUAUUUACAUUUUAAAUACGCCCCUUUAGCAAUUGGAACACGUUAAAUUGUUAACUCAAAACAGUUUGGAAAUUUUAUUUCAUUUGUUAUGUCACACCCCCUUGUAAUGAUUCCGAGUCCCGUGGUGGUGCACUGCGACAUGCAGGGCCAUUUUAAACCUUUGUGCUAAACAUUUUCCAGAUACUUGCUUGAAAGCUACUUUUGUCCACAAAUGAAAUACUGUCACAGUAGAUGCUUAAAUGCCCACAUUUUCAUAUCGAGAGUCAUUACUUUAUGUGUAAUAAACUGUGGUGUUUGGAAUUGAGUUUUUAAAUGAGUGGCUUUAUUUAUCACAACAGGUAAUAGCAAUAGACAUUAGUGCAAUACAAAGUCACCCUCAAUAAAUACUGUUAAUUGGAGAUGCAAGUUUGUACACAAAACAUCAGACUACACCUUUGUAUGGGAGAGAAUUUACUGUACAUUAAAUUCUUUAUUUUUUGUUA